CGUUUACUUAUGAAUGUUUUAUUAAAAAUGUGUAUGCUUGAAAACUAUAUUUUGACAUUUCCCAGGCGGCGGAGUGAUAUCUCCCUGCCCAACGGCUCUGGCUCUAGAAUUUGCUAGAACACGGUAGCAACAGAAACCGUCCCCGAGCUUCUGAUUGGACCGAGUGAUUGUUUGUUUGGCCAGCGAUUGGUUGCCGUGUCACAGUAAAGGAGUCGUCUUUUCCCAGUGAGUGUGAGUCAUUUACAAUGCCUGGCAUGUUGUCAAGGUGAUUAAACACAUGAAGCAUCUGAGAUUUAGGUCUGCAGUCUCCCAAAUUGGCCAUGGGAACCAACGCAGCACUGUGGAGAGCUAUUAAAAACAGGUUCAAAUACUGACCAGUGAUUUGCCUCCCCACUUUUAGCUGCCACCAUUAUUUCAACAAGCCACAGCACUGUAAAAUAAAUCACAGAGCCAAAGCUCUGAUGAGGGUCUGUAGCCCACUGGGAUCCUAUUUUAAGGUCAUAGAUAUGAUUCAGCUGGGAGUCUUAAUAUAUGUAUUUAGGUCACAUCAUUCCCUCCCGCACCCUGUCAUAUGACACCCAACCCGUGAUGCAGUACGCAAGUGCUUUCCAACACAGAGCUGGGCGUCUGCCGGCUGAACUAGUUCAACCCCUGAGGAAUGUGUUUGUGCAAGUCUGCAGUACUUUGCCCUGCCCCUUGCUUGGAAUAAUUAUCGACGGCCUCAAAGUGUUCCAGGAAAAGCAGUCUUCCAACAGGACGCAGGCCGAGCUGAGUACUGUGGGAGCUGACACUAUUACCACAUGAAAAACAAGUGAUUUUCUUAGAGCAGGGUGACUGGACCUGUUUUUGGGUGGGACGCUCAGUUUCACGUCAGCAGGUUUCACAACAAGUGUGUUAAACCGGUUUCAGCAGAGCUUCAGUUGACUGAAUGGAUCUGGUGAAACAUACAGGCGGCUGCCACUGUGGGGCUGUUAGGUUUGAAGUCCUACAUUCCCCAGAUCUCCAUGUUUUCCACUGCAACUGUAGCAUCUGCACAAAGAAACAAAACCAUCAUUUCAUUGUUCCAAAACAUCACUUCACACUCUUACAGGGGUCAGAUAAUCUGACCACGUACACGUUCAACACUCACGUUGCUAAACACACCUUCUGUAAAACGUGUGGAGUUCAAAGUUUCUACACUCCACGCUCCAACCCUGAUGGAUAUGGGGUUGCGCCACACUGUCUGGACCCAGGUACAGUCCACAGUGUCACAGAGGAGAAGUUUUGUGGGGAGAAAUGGGAGGAAAGCAUGCAAGCUCACAAGAGCAUCAGAGACAUGUCUAAACCUACAACACAGACACAAAAUAACACCACUGCGAUCAGGAGUUUGUGGGGCCUUAAAGCUGCUGCUAAUGAGCAGGCGUCCUGCUGUACAGCCAGGUGAAGAGGCUUAUUACAAUCACGUUGGGCCUAAUUCUCUCCUGCCGUCUCGACUAGAGGCUGCGAUCAGACCAGUCCAACAGGUGAGGUAUAAAUGCGUGGUAAUAAAUAACCAGUGAGUGUGAUUAAUGACGCAGCUUUCCUGCUCACUGCAGGCUAAGGCAAACUGACGUCUAGGAUAAAGUGUGUGUUUGCCUCAGGAGAGAUGAUAAUGUCUUCCUGGAGUUCAACAGCACAGUGCAACCGUUAA